CAGUGUUUUUAAUUUGCGGAACUGGGAAAAUGAGUUGUGCGUGCGUGUUGACUGCUAUCGCUGUUGGUAUAUUUACACACCGUAGUGCUGAACUUUGAAAAAAACAAAAUGGGCUCACUUCCUGUUUCUUUGUAUUAAAACUCUGCUCCGUCUCGCCGGAACGGCCACUUCAGCUUGUUUCCAUCGUCGAAAGCGGCCGCAGGAACUUCCUUGUUUACACGAAAAGCAGCGCCGCUGCUGAGCUAGAAAUGACGCGGGACGGUAAAAGUCAGGCGGCUUUCUGGAUCCUCGCUGCGGGGCUCCUGUCUGUCUUGACCGGGCUGGUUUCAGCAGUUCGGCCGCCUCACAUCGUUUUCAUCCUGGCCGAUGACUUGGGCUGGUACGAUGUGGGCUAUCACAGCUCGGAAAUCAGGACGCCAAACCUGGACAGACUGUCGGCUCAGGGGGUCCGCUUGGAGAACUACUAUGUCCAGCCGGUGUGUACCCCAUCCAGGAACCAGCUCAUGACCGGGAGGUACCAGAUCCACACGGGCAUGCAGCACCAGAUCAUCUGGCCGUGCCAGCCGUAUUGCGUCCCUCUGGAUGAGAAACUGCUGCCUCAGCUGCUGAAGGAGGCGGGCUACGACACGCACAUGGUGGGCAAGUGGCACCUGGGCAUGUACAAGAAGGACUGCCUGCCCACGCGCCGCGGCUUUGACACUUACUUUGGUUACCUGACGGGAAGUGAGGACUACUUCACUCACGAGCGUUGCUAUGACAUCGCUCCUCUGAACUUGACGCGCUGCGCGCUGGACCUCAGGGACGGGGAAGAGGUGGCCGCCGCGUAUAAAGGAGACUAUUCCACUGAGCUGUUCAGUCAGAGAGCCGUCGGUGUCAUUAAGAAACACAACUCCAGCAAGCCACUGUUCCUGUACGUGGCGCUGCAGGCGGUUCAUUCACCCCUGCAGGUACCGGAGCGGUACUUGGCCCCCUACAGUUUCAUUGAGGACCGUCAUCGCAGGCUGUACGCCGGCAUGGUGUCGGCCAUGGACGAGGCCGUGGGCAACAUCAGCCUGGCUUUGCAGCAGGAAGGACUUUGGGACAACACGGUCCUCGUGUUCUCCACAGAUAACGGAGGUCAGACGGUGUACGGUGGCAGCAACUGGCCGCUGCGUGGGAGGAAGCUGUCGCUGUGGGAGGGAGGCGUGCGGGGAGUGGGGUUCGUUGCCGGCCCGCUGCUGGAAAAACCCGGAACCGUCAGCCGGGAGCUCAUCCACGUCUCCGACUGGCUGCCCACCCUGGUCGGCCUGGCGGGAGGCAGCACCGGCGGCACGAAGCCUCUGGACGGCUUCAACGUCUGGAAGACCAUCAGCAAAGGCUUCGCCUCGCCCAGACAGGAGCUGCUGCACAACAUCGACCCUUUGUAUUCUGACCUCGCUCCAUGUCCUGGCAGGCGGAGUCGGUUAACUCUGGCCCGGGGGGUCGCUGAAGACCGCUGGGCCAAGUCCGGCUUCAAUGUGUCCAUUCACGCCGCCAUCCGAUCCUCAAACUGGAAGCUGCUGACUGGAUACCCAGGCUGCGAGGUUUGGUUCCCCCGACCCGGCCACAACGGGUCAGACUGCGGGCUCUCUAAGCUCGGCCCACUGAAGCCCAUCAUGCUGUUUGACGUGGAAAAAGACCCCGAGGAGAGGAACGAGGUGUCGGCCCAGUUCCCCAGCGUGGUGGAUUACCUCCUCACCAGACUCCAAGAGCACCAGAAAACCGCGCUGCCCAUAAACUACCCCGACGACGACCCCAAAUGUGACCCGGGCCUCACCGGAGCCUGGGGGCCGUGGGCUUAGAUGGAGACAACAUGGAGGCAUUGUGAAGGAUCCUAUUUGCACUUUGUUCACUGUGAACGUUAACAGCAGGGAACAUUAGUAAUGUUUUUGUGAACUUUUUAAAAAAUGUUUUACAUUUCUGAUGUCCGUACAACAUGAUAUGUCUGAGUAAGAGUCUCCGAUGCGUUCUGCUUGGUUUUUGCACUUCAUUUUUCUCCUUUUGAGAAAAUCCACUGACGUGUCGUAGAAAUAAAAGAACACAGAAGCAGUAGGUUUAAAAUGUUAAAAUGUUGAGAAUUUAUUAUUUUAUAUGGACUAAAAUGUGUUGAAAUUAAAAGCAGAUAGCAGCCACAUUCCAAUUUAGUCUAAGCAAAAUAUAUAUAAUAUAUAGAAUAUAAUAUUGUUAUAUUAAGAAACGCUACUAAUAUUUCAUACCACUUUGAUGGUAUCAUCUCUGCCUCAAGGCCACUUUUGCAGCAUGCUUCCAUUACAUAAUUAGAAAAAAAAGUCAUUAAACUAGAGAAAAGUUUAAAUUUAUACAUUUGUUUGUUUGAAUAUAUUUUUUCUAGACACAGAAGGAUCAGUAAAUAAGGUUUUGAUGCUCUUUUUGUGGAUCAAAAUGGCAUUAAAAUAGCUUCUAAAGUUGUUUUUUUUUAUAAAUUCAAGCAUUCUCGUUUCCUCUCUUGUUAAAAGUAUCUCAUCAUUCAGAGAAACGUCAGCCGUUAAUUUUCUGAUGGAUGAAAGUCAACAGAAGUGAUUUAUCCCUGAAAUGCUCAUUUUAAAGUAGCUCCUUAAAGCUAACCUAAUCUAAAAAAAGGCUGUAAAAAGAAAUGAUUUUUGAUCAUCGAUUGAAAUUAUCUUAAUUUUGAAUAUUGGAUGUUAUUUGCAAGGCAUAAAAUUUAUAUAUAUAUAUGUAUAUGUAUAGGUAUGUUGGAGGUCGCCUUGUUUCUUUGUACUGUUCCUUUAGUUUGUGUUAAUGUUGGAUGUCCCAACUUCUCUCAUUUUGCAGAACUCAGAUGUGAAAUUGAAUGAAAAUGAACAAAUAAAACAAAUAUGGCAGGCCAGAUUAAUAUAUUGUGUAAUUGAAUAAAGUCUUCUUUUUUCA